AUGUUAGCAAACAAGUGGCAACAUCCGACACAGAAAAGAGACAAAGCAAUACGCCUGGCGAAUGGCACAAGUAUAAAAAUUCAAGGAAAGGUAAACGUACCAGUUACGAUAGAUGACAGACGAUACUGGCACACGUUUGACGUUAUACCAAACCUUGAAAGCCCCAUGCUCAUUGGAGUAGACUUAUGGGCAAAACUCCGAAUAACAUUACCGCCACCGAAGGAACAGAGACCACACAUCAGGCCAUUCGCGGGAGUCACACAACGAGCACCAAAUACAACACCAGGAACUAAUAAACCACAAGCACCCCAGGCACCACCAACAAUGAGCAACAGCGGACAGGGAAAAUCGGACCGGGCCCAUACACGACCAACAAUAAAAAUCAUCGCAGACGAACCGGUAAUAAACAAAAUACGCAUAAAAACCCGCGACCCGCAAAUCGCGAACGAGAAUACAAUAUAUAGAAUACCGAUCACCGGAGGAAGAACAGUCGACGUGCCGUAUUACGCGGCACACAAGACAAAUAAAUAUCGACGGCGGACAGUUCCCUAUCCGCCGCGUCAGCAAACCUCCGCGAUUCCCGAAUCUUAUCUUGCUAGCACGAACGCGAAGUUGGGCGCCAGGUGCGAAGGUGUAUAUGAAUCAACCGACAGCGAUGAGGAUGACGAGAUAGAAGUACAGUUGACCAAUGAAAAUAUAGAAGUCAUCGAUAUUACCGAAUCUAAUGAAGAGGAUGACGAGAUAGAAGUACAGUCGAUCAAUGAAAAUAUAGAAGUCAUCGAUAUUACCGAAUCUAAUGAAGAGGAUGACGAGAUAGAAGUACAGUCGAUCAAUGAAAAUAUAGAAGUCAUCGAUAUUACCGAAUCUAAUGAAGAGGAUGACGAGAUAGAAGUACAGUCGAUCAAUGAAAAUAUAGAAGUCAUCGAUAUUACCGAAUCUAAUGAAGAGGAUGACGAGAUAGAAGUACAGUCGAUCAAUGAAAAUAUAGAAGUCAUCGAUAUUACCGAAUCUAAUGAAGAGGAUGACGAGAUAGAAGUACAGUCGAUCAAUGAAAAUAUAGAAGUCAUCGAUAUCACCGAAUCUGAUGAAGAGGAUGACGACAUUGAUAUCACCGACUCUGAUGAGGAGGAGGAUAAUAUAGAAGAGCCUCGGAAGAUGGUGAGAGGAAAGUGCGAGAGCGCUCUUGUGUAUAAGCGCACUGCGUGGUUCAGUAUAAAGCCCGCGUAG